AUGAUAAACUUAAAAGUUAUCCCGAACGACCAGUCCCCCCAACCACACAAACCACCACACCCACCCACAGCGGCGGUUAGUCAUCCUCUAGGUAUAGAAGACAAUGAUGAACCAAACAAUGAGGUCCUGGCUGGCGCUCAUACCAGCCAGGAAUCACGCUCCAUUUUUUUGCACCUAUACCACAUACCACAGAGUAUCCUCUGUGUGGCUAUAAUUCUUCUAACAGAAACUAAGGUACUCCUCAGUGCAGAGCUUAACUAUAAGAAGGGCUUCCUAGUUGCCGCUGUGGAGCACUCUUGCAGUUCAUUUGACAAUCUCAUGGAAUCUGCUCCACAGAUAGCCAAUGAGCACCUACCAAAAUGGGAAGGCAAGGCUUGUGCGGAUCUAAUAGGACCCAAAGAAGAACAAGUAUGGCCUCUUCUGGAAGACUUCUUUGGCCUAAACAAGUGGUUCCCAACUCUCACCACCUGCCUUCCGGUUGAAGGCAUCUCUGGCCAACCCGGAUGCGUGCGUUACUGUGCUGGUUUCAAGACCCCAGUUGAUAUUAAUGGUGAGAUAAACUGGACUAAGCAGAAACUACUAUCCAUUGAUCCAAGUGAAAUGACAUUCAGCUAUUCCAUUGUUGAUGGAAAUGUUGGGUUCCACUCAUAUGUGUCAACAAUAAAAGUGUUACCAAAGGAAUACGGGUGUAGCAUUGAGUGGGCGUAUGAAGUUGAGCCAGUGAAAGGCUGGAGUUUAAAGGAUUUGGAUUCCUUUAUUGGCUCAGGUUUGCAAGUCAUGGCUAAGAGAAUGGAAGAAGCUCUCAAGGCUUGA